CUGCGCAGUGGAAAUCCGCGCCGGGGAGCUGCUGAGGGGCGCCGGUGUCAUGUGAAGGCGCACAUGCUCCGCCAUCCACGCACCACCCCCCCUCUCUCUGCUUCCUUCGCGUGUUUUUUUUUCCUAGCGUAACUCCUUUCCGUCCCCCUCCCCUGCCUCGCCAUCAGCCACCCGCCGCCCAGGCGACCCCCGCAGGGGCUCCGCGGGCGGGCGCGGGGCGGCCGCCAGGGAGGAGGGCGCCCGGCGGCGGGCAGCCCGCGGAGCCGCGCCCCGCGGAGCCGCCUCGGAGGUAUGGUUUUCCCGGCGGAGCAGAGCUACGGCGGCUGCCGCCUCCGCGGGUGCUGAGACGGGAUUUUCCUGGUGCGGUUCCCGGGCUCCCAGCUUCAUGACUGCGCGGAGCGGGGAGCCAACACCAUGCGAGCGCAAAUUGAAGUGAUACCAUGCAAAAUUUGUGGUGAUAAGUCCUCUGGAAUACACUACGGAGUCAUCACAUGUGAAGGCUGCAAGGGAUUCUUUCGGAGGAGUCAGCAGAACAAUGCCUCCUACUCCUGCCCAAGGCAGAGAAACUGUUUAAUUGACAGAACCAACAGAAAUCGUUGCCAACACUGCCGACUGCAGAAAUGUCUUGCCCUGGGAAUGUCUCGAGAUGCUGUGAAGUUUGGAAGAAUGUCCAAAAAGCAGAGGGACAGCUUGUACGCUGAAGUGCAGAAGCACCAGCAGCGACUGCAGGAACAACGGCAGCAGCAGAGCGGUGAGGCAGAAGCCCUCGCCAGGGUUUACAGCAACAGCAUCAGCAACGGCUUGAGCAACCUGAAUAACGAAACUGGCAGCACCUACUCCAAUGGGCACGUCAUCGACCUGCCAAAGUCUGAGGGUUAUUAUAAUGUGGAUUCUGCCCAGCCUUCCCCAGACCAGUCUGGGUUAGACAUGACUGGAAUCAAACAGAUAAAGCAGGAACCUAUCUAUGACCUCACCUCUGUACCAAACUUGUUUACCUAUAGCUCCUUCAACAAUGGGCAAUUAGCUCCGGGGAUAUCCAUGACCGAAAUAGAUCGAAUUGCACAGAAUAUCAUUAAAUCUCAUUUGGAGACAUGUCAAUAUACAAUGGAGGAACUACACCAGCUAGCAUGGCAGACCCACACAUAUGAAGAAAUUAAAGUUUACCAGAGCAAGACCAGAGAAGCUCUGUGGCAGCAGUGUGCCAUUCAGAUCACCCACGCUAUCCAGUACGUGGUGGAGUUUGCGAAGCGCAUAACAGGCUUCAUGGAGCUCUGUCAGAAUGACCAAAUUCUCCUCCUUAAGUCAGGCUGCCUGGAAGUGGUUUUGGUGAGGAUGUGCCGUGCCUUCAACCCACUCAACAAUACUGUUCUGUUUGAAGGAAAGUAUGGAGGGAUGCAAAUGUUUAAAGCCUUGGGUUCUGAUGAUCUGGUGAAUGAAGCCUUUGACUUUGCAAAGAAUUUAUGUUCCUUACAGCUGACUGAGGAGGAGAUUGCCUUGUUUUCAUCUGCUGUUCUGAUAUCACCAGAUCGAGCCUGGUUAAUAGAGCCAAGGAAGGUCCAGAAGCUUCAGGAAAAGAUUUACUUUGCACUUCAACACGUGAUCCAGAAGAACCACCUUGACGAUGAGACUUUGACAAAGUUAAUAGCCAAGAUACCAACCAUUACUGCACUUUGCAACUUGCACGGAGAGAAACUACAGGUAUUUAAGCAAUCUCAUCCAGAUAUAGUGAACACACUCUUUCCUCCAUUAUACAAGGAGCUUUUCAACCCAGACUCAACCACUGGCUGCAAGUGAAGGGGAUAAUAGAAUUUUCACGUAGUCAUGGAAUGCGUCACUGUUAAGACAAAAAGAAAUGUUUUCAUGAAGAACUUAUUAAAAAUGUCACUACUGCAACACUAGGAAUGUCCUGCACUUAAUAGAAUUAUUUUUCACCGCUACAGUUUGAAGAAUGUAAAUAUGCAACUCUGAGUGGGGAUGUCUUUUUUCUCUUUUCUUUGUUUACUUUUUUUUUUUUUGAACUGACAAUGAAUAUACAAAUAUAGGACACUGGGUGUUACCUUUUCCUUUUUUUUAUUUUAUUUUAUUUUAUUGGGGGAUGUUUUGGGAGACAACUGUUCCUAGAAUUUUAUUGUAGAUAUACAUGAGAAUAGAGCAGUACUUUGCAGUAUUACUCUUGCUGUUUAUUGUUAAAAUAUAAUUUAAGAAAAUUCCACUUAUUAGACUUGCCUAUUUCUAUGUUUUUAGAUAGUUUAAUGCAUGUGGAAAUUUGUAGCUGUCUUGAAAAUUAUGGUGCAUGUAUGGAAUACACAUAUAUAUAUAUAUGUGCUAUAUACUUUUAUAUAUAUAUAUGUAGGUAUUAUAUGCAUACAUGCUGUAGCUUAAAAAUCCCAUGCCUACUUUUAAAGGAUGCUCAGCCCAGCUGUCAUGCAUUUCUUACUCUCCGAGUAAUUUAUUAGAUUUACUUUGGGCAAACAAGAUCUGCUUUGCCAGUCAGAGUUAAAUUAUCAGCUGCCGAUGUGUAAUGACAGGAUCACUUCUGAGAUAUAUGUAAUGUAGUGCAUGUGUGCAGUCCGUAAAUGAAACAUCAGGAAUGUAUCAAUGGUGCAAAAGCCUUGUCUGGAGGAUUUUAGUGGAGAGAGGAAAACUUUUUAUUUUUAUUUUCUCCCUGCUACAGGGAUAGAGCAUAUAUAAAAGCAAACAUUGUAGGACCUGAUGUGAGCAAAGUAUCUGAAACAUGGAGUAAAAAUGUAGACUAUCCCACACAUAUAUUUUUCUGAUUUGACACGUGGUUUUAUUUUAUAUAUAUAUUGCUUUGAAAAGUCGUUGCAAGGCUUGGUUUGUUUUUUGCCGAACUCAAUGGAAAGACACGUAAUGAACUCAGUGAAAACCACAGGAAGCCUAAAAUGUAGCUCUGAAGAGUAGUGGCAGAGGGAGGAAGGGAGGGAAGGAGGAGGAAAGUCAAAUCGAGCAAUGUCCAUGCUUACAAACAUGAAUAUAACUAUCACUGUUUCUGACAAAGCCAUCAUCUAGAUGGGACUGAUGGUUUCCAUUACACGCAUACAUAUAUGUAUGUUACAUACACAUGCCUAUAUGUAUGUAUAUGUCUGUAUGUAUAUAACUGUAUAUAUAUACAUAUAUAGGGUUGAGUCUACUUCAGGAGGGGAGCAAAGUAUUGGGGCUUUUUUUUUUUUUUGUCUGUCUCUGAAUUGACUUUAUGUGCAUUUGCUUGCAAAACCAAAGGCAAACACAGAGAGGAGUGGAAGACUGCCAUGGACUUAAUCUUUUGGAUUAAUUAAGUUUAAUUAGCAGUCAUGAUUAAUGUAUUUGGAUUUUGCCAGAGAUACAAAACAUAGACCUUUUAGCUAUGGAAGAGGGAUUCCAUUUCUGCUGCGGCUGUGUCCUUACCACCACUUUUACCCAUUGUGAGCUUUUUCAGAGAAGUCUCCUCCAGGGACGCCAGUGGGGGGUGUAGAACAGAAAUGAGAGGAAGCAGACAGUGGGGAAGAAACGAAGUGAAGGCAGGAUCACGAGCAGAUACAUUUCUUUAUUUCAAAUUUCAAAGAGAAGUCAGUGCCAUCCAAGGCAAGGCGAGGAGCAGCACACUGUCCAGGAGGUCAAAGGCCCUGCUGUCUGCCAGGCUGCACAGCAGAGCGGUGUCACAGGGAGCCCACAGGGACACAGCUGGGACACGGGGUUGCUGUGGAAACUUGGUUUGUUGCAGUGACAACUUAAUGCCUCCAGCUUUUCCAGCAGACUCGCGCGGCUCUGGUCCCGAUCUUCUGUUCCCUUUUCUGCAUGACCAAGUAAUUCGCAAGCUAUUCCAAGUAUUUUGUGGAGUUUUCCCUUGCCCUCCAUCAGCCGGUUUGCAAGUUUACAUUCAUUUUUCAUGGCAGAAUCCAGUCUAGACAACAUCAACAUCUAUUUGCUCUGGUUUAGCAAUGCCAGACCAGACACAAGAAGAGUUACAAACCUUCAGCUAAUAAAUAUUUCUCUGUAGGUACAUUACAAUUUCAAAAACAAAAAAAAUGCAUAGCAAAGUUAGUUCUGCUUAGAAUUUUGUUGCAAGUAUGACAAGCUCUUCAGAAUUACUUAUCCCUAUAGAACAGCAACUUCUAAAAUACCUUUUUUGCUCCAAAUUCAGAGCACAUUUUCUGAUCUCCACUGAUUACCUUAAAAUAUCUUCAAUUAACACAAUAAAGCAUUGCUCUUGAUGCUUCUGUAUACCACUUAAACCCUAAGAUUGGCAUUCCCUUAUAAGGUGAUUUAUCUGUUUGCAGCCCCUUUUACAAGGCAAAUCCAUGAAAAAGACCUCAAACUCAAACUCUUUCUACUGUCAAAAUACUUAAUUAACUAUAUUUAUGUACUGCUUGUGUGAAUUUAUUUGUGAAAAAACUUGUCAAACUGAACCCUAGAAGUGCUCUGUUUUAGCUGCAAGGGAUUCAUGUUUUCCUUGUCUUUUCCAACGCAAGAACACACACACAUACAUUUCUUUGAAAUCCUUUAUAAACUUGUUUUCAGUAUAUCAAAAGUAACAUAUUUAGCCAACCCACAGAAAUAUAGGAUAUGUGAUAAAUAUUACUGUUCUUAGUGCUGAUAAAUAAAAAGGUUUGUCAUGUUUAUAAAUAGUUCUUCACAAUUACAUGUUACAUCUUGAAAAUCUUUUGUUCUUUCCAAAUAAGCGAAUCAGUCCUUGGGAUUUUUGACUUAUGUCUUAGGCAAGAUAACCAAAUAGAGAUCACCAGUGAAAAAGACAUUAUUUAAUCAUUAUCUGCAGGGCUUUUAAUCCUUAAAGCACUAUUCUUAAAUCACUGCAACCUGAUGACCUUUUCAAUCAGUAAGGAUUACUGCCACUUUUUAAAGAUGCGGAAAUGAAGGAAAAGUUAAAUGACUUGCCAGAGACCACAGGGGUAGCCAUACCCAGUCCUACAAUAAAAAUGGAUCCAUACAUCCUGGUCCUAAAAAUAUUAAGAAGCUGGUACACAACAUCUUUAUUGCCAUUGAUAGGUGAUAGCCUGUACAAACAAUUGCAAAUAUUGCUAAACAAAUAUUUAUCUUCAAAUAAGGUUAACUAUCAACAGAAUGCUCUAUUUUUGUUACUACCUUUACGGAAUUUGAGCAAAUAACCUUGUUGUUUAUUUGGAAAAUAAAAAUUCGUUCUCAUACAUUAUUUAUUUGUGGUAACUGAUAUUAAGGCUGAUUAAUUUUAUUUAAUUUUCUGUGGUUUGGGAUUGGUCAAAUAGGUAAAGUAGUACCUCUUCUGCCCUUUAUUGGCUGAGUUUAGAACAGCAAAUAAUGAUUGCACACUACAAGCUGGAUUUUUGUUGCAGGUUUUGAUACAUGAUCAUUUAUACCCAGAGUUCCAAUUCUUGGUAUUGGAUUCAUAUGUUCAAGUUAUCCAUAGACUUUAAUAAAAUAGCAUGAAUUCAAGUAAAUAACUGCAUAAUCCACUCAUAAAAUGCAUUUCAGAAAAUAAUAGUUCUGCACUUAAUUUCUUCUUGGCUUUCAUCAGUAUCUGAAGCUCUUCAAUUAAAUCUCUAGAACUAGGAUUUGUCACAUCUGCUUUUUGUAGUAAUUGGUUAUGUUUGUUGAUUUUUUUAGUGACAAGCUUUUCAAAUGGGACACAUACUUUAAUGAUUGAUUAACCUGGGAUCUUUAACAAAAGGAUAUUUAAAGCAUGUAUUGAAUCUUCUAUCAUUGCUCUCAGAUAAUUCAACUACAUUGAUCUAAAUUAUCCUUGGCAUCAAGUAAGCAGAUGUGAGCCAUUCGUUACACUACCACAGAGACUUAAUUUUGGUGUAAAUGUCACUCUUGCCAGCUCUUUGUAUAAAGAAUUAAUUCCAAGAGUCAUAUUUCCUUCUAAUGGAAAGAUUGCUUUAGCAAUUGCUAGAAAAAGAACAGGGUAAUAGAAGGCACUCAGCUGAGCUAACUUGUUUCCAAAAGCAACGUAUAUUUUUUGAUUGGUUUGUGAUAGGCAGCAUUUAGGAAUUGAUUCUGCAAGUUGUCAGGCUCCCUUAGCUCUAUCUAGCGCCACUAAAAAUGGAGGCAUCUCAGCACCACACAGAAGGUGCUCAAGCCCUCAUAAAGUCGAAGGCCCUUAGAUUUAAGAGGUCCCCUUUGAGCUUUGCAGAGCACAAGUCAGAUGUUAUCCUCAUACUUGCUUUUUAAUGUUUUUACUUCACGCUUCCCAUUGUUUAUUUCAGCUCCAUUUCACAGGGAUCAGUUUAUUCCUCCUGUUGUGCCUUGGGCACCAAUGCUGUCCCGAUGCCUGUGCCAGGUUAUGGUGCUCCAGGUAGAGCAGUUACCAGACAUCCCCAUGAAGAUGAGCUUUAUUAUCUGAUAUUCUUUGUUUUCAUGGUGGCAGCUUGCACAGGUGUACGUUUCCCUUUGGGAGAAAUUGCAGGGAUUUCUGACGUAACAACUUCUACACAAAGGGGAUGCAAAGCUGCUUUUGUGCUCUGGCGUCUCAGCCUCCCACCACCAGGCUGUGUGAGCUGCUCCAAGGCUGCAGCAGUCUCACGAAGUGGCCAGGCAGCACAGUUAGAGGUGUGCAGCUCAUGGGUCCUUUCCCUGUUGUCUUUUUCACUCACCCUGCUGUGCUACAAAGCACAUUUGCGUGAUGGUCAGCCUCCCCCAUCCUCCUUUGUCCUGACUCCGCAUUGACUGUGCUGUUUCCAAAAGAGCCAAGGUCCGGCCUGGAAGCUGGUUCCUAUUUUCAGAGUCAUUGUCUAUUGGACGUCCCAGGAAUAUACAACUGGGCAAUAAGAUCAAACUGAGACAUGAAAGAGUUUUUUGUCCAAAUAAAUUAUGUCUAAGCAUAUAUGAAAUGGAAACCUGAGACAGAACAGCUUGCUUUUCCCUGUCAAUAAGAAAAUAGUGUAUUUACGCCCACCAACCUGUCCCAGCACUUUCUGCCUCCACUCUAGAAACUAACUCCUAUCUCUGACGUCCAUUAGGAACAGUGUGUUGGAGACCCAGUCCUCUUCUUUCCUUUUUAAGUUUCACGCUUUGUAAAUGACAAUCACUGCUUGAUGCAGAUGUUGCACUGUAUGCCACUCAGGGAUGUUUCAUUACUAAAAAUAGCUAUAUAAAUAUAACAGUGAUAAUAAGGAAAAGAAUGUUAGAGGCUUCGAAGGGCGCAGGUAGAGCUGCCCAAAUGAACGUGACCCAGACAAGGCUUUCAAGCCGGUGAUUAGGGGUAACAUUGGUAUAAACUGAAUUCACUGUCAGCAUUUCCUCAGCUUGAAGCAGGACUCACUUCACCCAUUGUUUCACAGUCAGUGGAGCCCUACUGACCUGUCAGUUUGGGAUGUUAAAGUCCCUUUGGAAACAAAAUGCAAGCAAGCUUUGUAUGAGUUACUGAAUUUAGACAACUGACAAAAGCAAGUGCAGUUUAAAGAUCCUGAGUUUAGGUACCAUUAAUGUGAGCUCACAUUCAGAAUUGCUGCAGGCAGGUAAGAAGAAAGGUUAAGAUAUGGAAUUAAUGAUAGUACGUCAGCAAUGACAGCAACAGUUAUGCUGAGCUACCACAUGGAGAAAUGACAAUAAAAAGCAAGUAACAUAAAGUGGCUAACAGCUACCCUUUCCUCUCAGGGAUGCACAAAAUCAUAGCUACUGCCAGGCCUCUGUAGCAAUGCUUCUCCAUGGUAGGACCAGUCCUUUUCUUACCUCAAGCAAACAUGACCCCAUUUGAUACUGCGCUAGUGAAGAAUGCUCCCAUUUCCUAGAAUUUUUAAAUGCGCUUCUGCUUAUCCCUAGCUUUACACCACAUGUUUUCUACAGACCUGUCAUUACAGGAACACACACAGAAAGACAAAUUACAGUGGAUUAUAUUGCCAGUCAUUGAGUUAAUUCUAGAUCUCCAACCAAGAGGUUUUCCUCAGUUCUAAGUACGAUCAUUGCUCCUGUUCUCACAGUGAGUAUGUAUGGGGUUUGACCCCUUCCAUCUUCUGAAUUCCCUACACCUAGAAAAUGGGUGGACAACUUCAAGAGGUGGAAAGGAGAGGCCAAUAUCCUUAUGCAUCAAAGUUUUCAUAACUAUAUUCUUUGCCAGCUGUCCCAUUGCAAUUUGAAUUUUAGUCUUUGAGGUUGCUAGGAGACAUGUCCAAGUGACUGAAAUACUUGUUAGCAUGCUACUUGCCUCUUAAAAAGAACAGUCUUCUGGCCAGAAGACCUUGCUUCUCUUUCCUUUUAUACCUAGCUCCUAAUAAAUGAGGCCUGGAGUGGUAAAUGAUUCAACUUUGCUGUUUCUCAAAGCUGAUCUUCACCUGCAGCCCGCAAGGGAGGCUCCACCCGGGAGGUAGGAAGCAGGCUUCUUCCUCCUCUUUCUCCCAGCCUCCAUGUCCUCACUUACCUGUGUUGUCCCUGCAUGUGUUGUCCCUGCAAGUAAGGCUGUGUGACAAUGAGCCCAACACCCCAGUAGUUUACCAUCCGAGAAGCGGUUUGCAGCAGAUCACUUGACUAUAAAAGCCACUUGUGCAUGCAGUCUGCAGACAAAAGCCAUUGUGAAGAGAAGCGAUGUAAAAUUUCUACAGUGGUAGCUCACAGAUCAGUAACUCUCCUAAAAAGGCAGCCCGAAUGUCCAGCGACAUGGUGGGUGUGUCGGUGUCCUCCAAACGAUCCUUGCAUUUCAUUUGUGCUGAGGGAAUAAGGCAAGGCACAAAAUGCUCUGGGAAAAGAGAGAUAUUUCCUGGAUGUUACUGCAGGCAGCGAGGAUAAUACUGCUCACAGUGAGUUCAGUAACAUGAUGUACUACAUUUACAUAAUUUCAUCAUCCUCACAAUUCAAGCACAGCACAUAGGGAGAGUGAAAGAAAACAUCAUUGGAUAUAGCAGCAAUAAAUAAAUUAUAAGUGUUUCUUUGUAACUGUACUUGCAGAAUUUGUUUGCUUUGCACGUGGUGUUCUGUACAAUAACAUAAAGAAAAAACUUCAUCUAAUGUAGAUAUCACAGUGUUUUUGCGUAUUUCUUGGAUUCGUUGGAUGGAGCUGCUAACUUGUGAGCGAAGAUACUGCUGUUGAGAAAAAUGUAUGUGCUUCAAGAAAAGGCUGAGGCCCUUGUUUAUGGCUAUACAUUGGCAGCAGUAAAGUAUGUUCAAUAUAAAACUCUGUCUGGACAGAAUUUAAAAAAAACAUCUCUUCGUUUUCAAUAUUACAAUCACGUUGGUCCCUUAUUUGGGCAACCAGAACGCAACUGCAUUGAAAAACAAGCAGGGCCAGAUGGUCAACCACAAAGAACAGGAAAGAACAGGCUUUACCUUGAAGACUGUUCCAGAUAAAACCAGCUUAUUUAACAAAAAAAUAAAAAAAUAUAAAAAAAAAGCACUUAUACUUGUCUUGAGUAGACACACAGCUUAAUAAGUCCAAGUAACUACAUUAGGCUGUUGACUUUGGGGAUUCAGAUUCAGAUGCACUACAUUUGUGUUUUUUUAAUGUGUCACUUCAAUGUCAGAAUCAGGCAAAAAAAGGUGUUUUGUUGUUAGUAAGAAAAGCGAAUAAUCAUUCAACCCUACAGAGUGUGGACCACACAUUCUCGUGCAGUAGAUGGGGAUUUAUUCGUGCACUUAUUCUUAAAAAGCCACUGAGUAGCAUAGCGAGUGAACUAGCCGUGAUAGUCUUUGCCUCUUGCGUGACUGCAAUGUGACCUCUGGUAGGCUACGGGGAGCGGCUCUGUGAUUGUACUUGUGGCCACAAAUAAAGCACAACCGAACUCUAAGCUGUUAUCAACACCCAGCUAAAUCAAAUGCAUGGGCUAUUUUGAGAUUUAUGCUAAUCGCUGUGAGAUAAUUCCCAUGUUAAACUAAUUACUCUGGUUGUAAUGGACGGAUGGUAUAAAUAAAAUAGGAAUGAGAAUAGCAACAAAAUCCCUUAUUUUACAGCUGCACUCUCUGCCUCAUCUGAUUAACACUAAAGAAAGUUACUUAAAAACUAAACAAACAAAACAAGAAGAAAGAAACCUGAGUAUGUAUUGUAGAAAUGUAGAAGACAAAUAAAAUAUUUUUUCAAAUGUAAUUACUUUUAAUAUAUGCUUGUGGAAGGUCUGAUACUAUGUAUGCUGUCUCUGUAAUUUUUGCUGUAAAUAACUUGGGACAGUGAAUACACUGACUUUUUCUAUGUCUCUGUUUAAGCAUAAGACUUUGUAACGAUUUUUUUUAAAGAGGAAAAACAUCAAAGAGCAAAUUAUGUACUUGCUUCCUGUAAGUGUAAUGUACUCUUCAGUUUUUAUGGAAACUGAUUGUAAUAGAUAAAGCCUUUUGACCAGCCAUUGAUGUUUAGUGUAUACUUCUGUUUGUAAUGGGGAAAAAAAAAAAGAUGGGAUUGACAAUGAAACAUGACCCCGGUGAGUCUGUACAGUGAGUAUUGUAUUAAUACCUGCAGACUGCAUUUGACUAAUAUAAUUUGAAGAAAGGUUGCUCAAGCAAAUAAUGUUUCCUUACGGCAUAUGGCUUUUAUGAAUCCUUCUGGCAUGAAUUAUAUUAAUAGAAACAUUUCUUUCUUUCCAAUGAGCAAAAUAUUUUUGUAUGUCUUCAAUUUCUUAUUCAAAUUUGAGGUCAGGUCACUCAUUAGCUGUAAUCUGAAGCCAUAACUGACCUUCACCAAAUACAUGUUUUAAAGAUCAUAAUAGAAAAAGAAAUUAUGUCCAGUUUAUCGACAGCUAUAAUAACACAGGCAGGAGCAUAAAUAACACACAAAGUAUUUGGAUGCUUUUCUGGCAUCUCAAUAUGACUUUAAUGGCUAGUAUUUUAUGAUUACCAAUUUAUAAAAAAGAAAAACAUAAUUAAAAUAGAUAUUUAGAUUUAAAUGAAACUUUCUAAUAUUUUUGAAAUAUCCCUGAAAAUGCUUCCUUGCUUUUAGGAUUAUGAGAGAAACUGAUUUUUCAUAUACUCCCCACUUUCAAAUAUCUAAUGUUUUUAUCCUAUUUCCAGUUCAUUUUGUUAGAGUGAAAUGAGAUGUUAAGACCCAGAUCUCCAAGCCCUGAGCUAUUUGGUGCUUGGCUGUAGCUAUAUUGUUGCAAAUCAAUUUGAUUUGAAUUUUGAGAGUGUGUUGUUUGCUACUUGAUAAGCAUGCUUACCACUGUUGGUAACACAAAGGAGUUGCAUUGCCCGUCAAGAAGUGGCAUAAAAAACAAUUAAAUAAAAUAUGAGUAACACUCAGAAUGAAUCACUCUCAAAAGCUGAAUACAAAUUCCUUUCUAAAAUCAAAUGCCUCAUAGAGUCAACAGUGAUUUUUUUUUUUUUUGAAGCAUAAUUGUAUAAUAAUUAUGAUGUAUCUUAACUGGCUUGUAGAUGCUAAAAGCAAAAACUGCAAAUGAACCAUGGCAUGCUGGGUAAAACUCUGGCUCCAUUGAAACCUACGGCAAAACCCCUCACUGAUUUCCAUGGAGUCAGGAGUUCAUCCAGCAAUUUUACAUCUGCAAUUUUCUUCUGAUCUUUCUCCCUUGUUUAAUAUAACCAACCUAAUUUAUGUGUAUGUGAGUAAAAAUACAGCCUGAUUCAUUUAGAAAGUGACUGUUGAGGGUUUUAUUUUUUACCAUGAAUUUUGUAGGACCAGCAUCCCUGUCAAAUGAAAAGGUUCUAUAUUACUUUAGAAUGUAAUAGAUUUUUGUCUUAUUUUAUGUCCUGUAAGUUAUUAGUUCAAUACUGUUAGCAUUCCAUAAUAAUGCACACAUGAUUUUUGAAUGUUUUCUGUAAAUGACAAUCAAUGUUGAUGAAGUUCCUUUCU